AUGAUUUCCAAAAGGGCAUUGCUGCUAUCGACGCAGUGGUCCCGACAUAUUCAUCACAGUGCCAUCCUAAGGCAACCCAAUAAAGACAAAGAGCUACCCCGAGUCAAUCAGCUAGGAAUCCAGUACUUAUCCAAUGAUAUUCACAAAAAGGUGUUUCCCAAGAACCCUCCCAAUGCAUAUCAAACCGACAAAAACCCAGAGCUUCUCAAAUUGACGAAAGAGCAUCUCCAGCACAACCACCUCCUAGGCAAGAAAACCAACAUCUCAGAGCCCAUCACGAUACCCAAUUUGCCCGAUCUCGUAGGUAAGAAUACCUUGGACGAGCAUUUCACCAGAAUUGGCUAUGAUGCUGCACAACCUUACCUAGACAUGGCCCAGCGGUUCUUCAAAUCCGAUCUAAAACUACCGAAGCAACCAAACAAGUGGGAGUUCCAAAGCGGCUGGUUCCGCUAUGCUCCUGGCAAGAAGCCGGAAAAGGUGGACUACCCACUCGAAAACGAAUUGGUUUUUGACGUCGAGGUCAUGUACAAAGCAUCGCCUUAUGCUGUCCUCUGCACGGCAGUGUCACCCGAGGCAUGGUACGGAUGGGUGUCUCCCAUACUCACAGGUGAGUCAAAAAACUGGAAUCAGCUCAUACCCUUCAACACCCAGAUCGACGAGAAGCUACUUAUCGGCUACAAUGUCAGUUAUGAUAGAGCACGUAUUCUCGAGGAAUACAACAUAAAGGAGUCAAAAGCCUUCUUUCUAGAUGGAAUGGCACUCCACAUUGCAUUGAGUGGAAUCUGCUCCCAACAGCGACCCGCAUGGGUGAAACACAAGAAGCAUAAAGUUGCAUUAGAGGAGACGGGAACCGAGGACGCAGACCUGGGAGCUGCAGAUACUGAAUCAGACUUCUCCUUGACAGAUCUUGCACGAGAAUUGACUGAAGACCCCUGGCUCAAUAAAGGCGCCACCAAUUCGUUGGCCAAUGUCGCAGAGUUCCACUGUGAUAUAAAACUCGCAAAGGACAUACGAGACACUUUUGCUACGGAGGAUAAAUCUGAGGUGGUGGACAACUUCCAAGAACUUAUGAACUACUGUGCCCUGGAUGUCACUGCUACUUAUCAAGUGACGAAAAAAUUGUUCCCUCAGUUUAGGGAAAGAAACCCCCAUCCAGUUUCCUUCGCUGCGCUCAAAAGUCUUGGAAAGCUCUUUUUGCCAACAACACGCAAAUGGGACCAGUACCUUGAAAGCGCAGAAGCUGUAUAUCAGCAAAAUCGUGACGAAGUCGGUACCAUUCUACAAGAUCGCGCCAACGAACUCAUUCGCUACAUCACUGAAAAGAACGAAGCACUCAAACCGGAUAUCGAGAACGAUCCCUGGCUCAAACAGCUCAACUGGACGAUCAAAGAACAACGACUCCGUAAGGAUGGAACUCCCACCGCCAAACAGGCUUACUUAACGGGUUACCCUGAAUGGUAUAGAGAGUUGUUCAAGACAAGUUCAGACAAUGGAGACAAGGGCAGGGAGAUGAACAUCACUGUACGGACAAGGAUUACACCAUUGCUUCUUCGCCUCAGGUGGGAGGGCUAUCCCUUGAUCUGGACAGACUCCAAUGGUUGGUGCUUCAAAGUGCCAUUUGAAGAUGAGAUCGUUGAUGCUAUGCUUGCAAAGAAUUACACAAAAGCUCGCUUGACUAACGAGGAAUUUGAGGCCAUGCUACCCGAGUUGCGUGAUAAUGGCGUUUACGAGUUGUUCAAAGUUCCACAUCCAGAGGGUGCCAGAAGACGCUGCACGAUAAUUAUGUCCAAAAGCUAUCUUAGGUACUUUGAUAGCGGUGUUCUUACCUCAGAGUAUGACUAUGCUACCAAAAUUCUCAGUUUGAAUGCCACCGCUUCUUACUGGACUGGUAACAGAGCACGUAUCUCCGAACAAUUCGUCGUGUACUCCGAUACCCAAGGAAAGGAGAACAGCUUCUUCAAGACCAAGAAGGACCGUACAGCGCAUUCGGAUAUGGGAAUGAUAAUACCAAAGCUUUGUACCAUGGGAACUAUCACAAGACGUGCGACAGAAAACACUUGGUUGACCGCAUCCAACAGUAAGGCAACUCGAAUUGGAUCUGAGCUCAAAGCAAUGAUCGAGGCACCCACGGGCUACGCAUUCGUCGGCGCUGAUGUUGAUUCUGAAGAGCUUUGGAUUGCAUCUUUGAUUGGUGACUCAAUGUUUCGUAUUCAUGGUGGUACAUCUUUAGGCUGGAUGACUUUGGAAGGCGACAAGUCCGAGAAGACUGAUCUACACUCCAAAACUGCCGAGAUCAUGGGGAUUCUGCGGAAUGAUGCGAAAAUCUUCAACUACGGAAGAAUUUACGGUGCUGGUGUCAAGUUUGCUACUCGCCUCUUGAAGCAGUGUAACGCGAGCUUAUCAGAUGACGAAGCUCAAAAGCUCGCAGUGGCUUUGUAUGAACAGACAAAGGGUCAAAGUUGUAACUCGAAGAUUUUUGGCCGCCGUGUGUAUCACGGUGGAACAGAAUCUGUGAUGUUUAACGCCCUUGAGGCCAUUGCAUAUCAAGAUCGUCCUCAAACGCCUGUUCUCGGUGCUUCCAUCACAGAUGCAUUGACUCAAAAGUAUCUCAACAAGAAUAAUUACUUGACAUCGAGAAUCAACUGGACAAUUCAAAGCAGUGGUGUGGACUACUUGCACUUGCUUGUCAUAUCGAUGGAGUACCUUCUCAAAAGGUACAAGGUUGAUGCCCGGCUUAUGAUCACAGUGCACGAUGAAGUGAGGUAUAUGGCGAAGGAAGAGGAUGCAUUGAAAUGUGCACUUCUUCUUCAGAUCUCCAAUCUCUGGACCCGUGCAAUGUUCUGUGAGCAGCUAAGGAUUCUCGAGCUUCCACAAUCUUGUGCCUUCUUCUCCGAAGUUGAUAUCGAUCAUGUUUUGAGGAAAGAGGUUCUGCUCGAUUGCGUGACACCAUCACAUCCAGAUCCUAUCCCCGCUGGCAAAUCCUACGACAUGACAUCUCUCAUGAAAGCCAUUGAUGCGAAAGACAUACUCAAAGCUAAGAGCAGUGCCUCCAAAACAGCAUCAAGUGUCGCCUUUUCGCCUCGCUUGCCUGUAAUCAGUUCACUUCAAGCUGAUUGUUCAGAGAAGAUGCAGAUUGAGAGAUUAAGACUUCAGAACUCCACAGAUAAGGAUGACUGGAAGCUUAAUGUGAUGCUUUACAGCCAGGCAGAGAAAGAGGAGAGGAGAGCCAUCGCCAAACCUGCUCGUAAAGCUCCUGCUACGAAGAAUGUUCGGAAGAGAAAAGCUGAGGAGGAGCCAGACUUGGUCAAGGAUGGUAAUGCAUCUCUCUUGGAAGAGGUCAAAAGCACUGCUGAUGUGCCAAAGACGAAACCAAGGGCUGCAACCAAAACGGAAACCCAGGCAGAAAUAGCCAUGAAGACCAUGUCUGUGGACCCCAUAUUGAAGAAAGACGAAAUCAAAGUGGACUACACCAUACAAAGCAAUUUACUCACAUGUCGAUUUGCUGGUGUCAGCGAUAGAGUCAUCCGAGUCGCCGUCAGCAGUGCUAUAGACAACAUCAAGACAAUUAUUGAGUGCAUGGAAGAGUUUGACGGGAAGGAGAAGGUUGUUUUCCAAAAGGAGGAUUCUGAUCCACUACUACUCAUUCUCGAUGAUAUGAAGCUUCCUGGCUUAGUGAGUAGGACCAGCAGGCGCCUGCUUUUCCAGAAUUUCCGAAAAGUGCCCUUCAAGGAAGAAGAUAGCGGAAAACAUCACGAAUACUCCAUCAGACCAGAUACCUUUGCAUUCAAAGUCCUGAACGACCCCAGCAAAAGAGACUCAAUUGGAGCACAUCCGCUUCAAAAAGGACAGGGCAGUGAAAGCUCCUUCAAUGUCUUGGAGUAUAUCUACAAAAACGCCACAAAUUAUCCCUUCAAAGACCACAGUCCUCAGGAUGUGUUCAACAAGUACCCAGAAACGAAUGCUGCCAAGAUGGCUAGACUAAAAACGAGGCCUCGUAAAACAAAGAUGCUUGUAUCAGACUUCAUUGACGAUUCGCUUUACAACCCUCAUUAUGGGUACUUCUCCCAAGAAGUCGAGAUCUUCCACAAGGACAAGCCGUUCGACUAUAACGAGAUUGAAGACGUUGACGAGUUCAUGGAUGCCUGGAAGAAGGCUUAUACAAAGUAUGACGAGCUCAAUCCGGAAGUGAACAAGGUCAAGGCCGAGAGAGCUCCAACUGAAGAUAAGGAAGCAAAGCCCAAGUCGUCUAGCAAAGCAUUGAUCUCACCACAAGAUAUGCCUCGAGCAUCUCCAACAUCCAAAUUCGCUAAAGCAGCGCAAACAGUGCAUCGUCAAGAUUUGGUGGCUAGUGGAGGUUUUCCAGAAACGAAAAAGUCACACCAGCUUUGGCAUACACCCACAGAGCUCUUUUCUCCGUACUACGGUGAAGCCUUGGCCAGAUUCAUUGUCGUGAAUUACAAGCUCAAUGGGUACUAUCCAUACGAUGAUCUCAUAAUCUACGAAAUGGGCGGUGGAAAUGGUACACUCAUGUGCAACAUCUUGAAUUUCAUAAAGCAAAACGAGCCAGACAUCUACAGAAGAACCCAGUACAAGAUCAUUGAGAUCUCUGAUCAAUUGGCUCUCAAGCAGUACUCUCAAGCGCUAGGCCAGAAGCUUGUGUCACAAGGUCUUGACCAGAAUAAAGUGCAGAUCAUCAACAAGUCGAUCUUUAAGUGGGACAAGGUAAUCCAUGAUCCCUGUUUCUUCAUAGCAUUGGAGGUGUUUGACAACUUUGCUCACGAUGUCAUCCGUUAUGAUAUCACCACUGGCGAGCCAUACCAAGGUCAUGUUCUCGUAGACGAAUCGGGAGACUUCUACGAAUUCUUCACCCCAGAAUUGACGAGAUACGCUGACGCAUACUUGAGUUUGAGAGAAAAUGGCAGCUUCCCAAUAUUACCCCAGACAAAGAAUAUGAUGGGCAAAAUGCUUCUGUUGAAAUCAAUGGCGCCUUUCGUCAACACCGACAACAUACACCCUUUGUUCCAUUCGACCUUCAAAGCGUCGGUCAAGGAUAAACUCCUCCCUUUCAAGGACCAUCUUACACCGGGAGAGUUUAUUCCAACCAGACUUCUUCAAUUCUUCCAGAUCUUGAAGCACAGGUUUCCAAACCACACACUCAUAAGUUCAGAUUUUAAUUAUUUGCCAAACACAAUGCCUGGCUACUACAAUGCCCCAGUGGUCCAGACAGUCAUCAAAGACAGAAUGGUGGAUGUGUCUACCUACAUGUGCCAUCAGGGCUAUUUCGAUAUCAUGUUUCCUACAGACUUUGCCUUGGCUAGUGACAUGUACAAACAGGUUACGGGCAAAUUGGCUCGGGUAGAGCUGCACAAGGAGUUUUUGCAGCAAUGGUCUGAUGUGGAGGCAACCACUACCAAGAAGGGAGAGAAUCCCAUGCUCGACUUCUACAAGAACGUGAGCUUCAUGGUAAGCUAA